GAAGCUAACUCAGUCAGUUCUUAAUUUCAGAGUAGUUUUGUGGAAGGUUUUAUUGCUUCCAAUGCCGACUUUUUUGUUCCUAAACCUUUUAUUUCUCAUUCAGCCAGCUUUUCAAAUAUCAGAAAGUGACACUUUUUUGAUAUACAAUGAAAAUCUUGAUCUUUGUCUAAAAUUUGAAGAAUCUCGUUCCUUCAUCUUCGACUACUGCAACAAGAAAAAUGAGUGGCAAAAUUUUAAGUGGGUUUCCGAUUAUCAGUUACUGAAUAUGGCAGUGAAAUUAUGCCUGAGUGUGCCUUCAGAGUCAAACUUGGUUCCAGUUACACUGUCACCAUGUAAUGAGACCAAUGAAUUACAGAAAUGGGAAUGCAGAAAUGACACUCUUCUUGCCCUUGAAAAACAAGAUCUAUUUUUACAUCCUGCUGAUAGACAUGAGGAUGGGAUUAUACUAUCAAAAAACCCCACCAGAAAAAGUGCUUGGAAGAUCUAUGGAACAAAGGAGAGCUUGUGUGCCCGAAAAUAUGAAGCUCUAUUUACCAUAGAAGGCAAUGCCUUUGGAGCUCCUUGUGUAUUUCCUUUCAAGUAUAUGAAUGAAUGGUAUGCUAAAUGCAUAGCUAAUGACGAUGAACACAAACGGCUUUGGUGUGGAACAACUCCAGAUGUGGACAAAGACUCUUUAACUGGAUAUUGUCCAGUAAAAGAUGAACAUGAUGACUUUUUCUGGAUCAAAAAUCACUGGACAGGAGAUCUCUACCAGAUCAAUUCCCCCUCAGCUCUAACAUGGGGUGAAGCAAGAAAAAGCUGUCAGCAACAAAAUGCAGAAUUAUUGAGCAUCACAGAACUACAUGAACAAGCAUAUUUGACAGGAUUAACAAGUAUUUUAGAAGCCAACCACUGGAUUGGUCUUAAUAAUCCAGAUUUUGGCAAUGGAUGGCAGUGGACUAUUGACCAACCUUUAAGAUAUUUAAACUGGGCUCCAGGUAGCCCAUCUUCAGAAACAGGAAAAAACUGUGGAUUGAUGCAGGCUAAGAAUGGCAAAUGGACAAAUAGUAAGUGUGCAAAGAAAUAUGGAUACAUUUGUAAAAGGAUGAACUCUUCAGGACAGGCUUCUGCAGCUCCUUCAGAUGACCUUAAGCCAAUUAAAUGUCCAGAUGGCUGGGUUGGAUAUGCAAAGCAUUGUUACCAUCUUAAUAGAGAUCGCAAAACAUGGAAGGAUGCAUCAGUCUCCUGCCAAAAGUAUGGUGGACAUUUAAUAAGUAUACACAACAUUGAGGAAUACAGCUUUGUCUUUUCUCAGCUUGGCUACAAACCAACAGAUAAUCUGUGGAUAGGACUAAAUGACCAGAAGACUCCUUCGUAUUUUGAAUGGAGUGAUGGUACUACAGUGAGAUUCAUCAAAUGGCAGAAAGGAGAACCCACACUUAUAAGCAAUGUGCAAGAAGACUGUGUCAUCAUGACUGGAGAGAAUGGAUACUGGGCAGAUAAUUUCUGUGAAGAGGAACUAGGGUACAUCUGUAAAAAAGAGCCUUCAGAAUUUCUACCUGAAACAGAUGAUGUUGCUGAUCCAAAAUGCCAAAAAGGCUGGAAAAGAUAUGGUUUCUAUUGUUACUUAAUUGGACAGAUACCUGGAACCUUUUCAGAAGCAAAGACAUCUUGUGAAACAAACCAAGGAUUUCUGAUCUCUGUGGAGAAUAGAUUUGAGCAGGCCUUCCUGACUAGCCAGAUUGGACACCGUUCUGAAAAAUAUUUCUGGAUCGGCCUCUCAGAUGUAGCGUAUCCGGGGACUUUCAACUGGACCAAUGGAGACCCUGUUCAGUUCACUCACUGGAACGUAGAAAUGCCUGGCCCAAAUCCUGGCUGCGUUGCCAUGAGAACAGGAGAUGCGGCUGGACUGUGGGAUGUUGUGCCCUGUGAGGAGAGGGCCGCCUUCCUCUGCAAGCAAUUGGCCGCAGGGGUGACACCUCCCCCAAUCCCGAGAACGACGCCCUCAUUGCCGUGCCCCAGAGGAUGGGCUGCAAGUCCAACGAGGAAUGUCUGCUUCAAAGCCUAUAUACAGAAGAAAGCUGAAAAGAAAUCUUGGUAUGAUGCAUAUGACUUUUGUAAAUCAAUUGGAGGAGACCUGACUUCUGUUCAUAGUGAAGAAGAGCAAAUCUUAAUAAACCAACUAUCAGGAAGAGAAGAAAUCUGGAUUGGUUUUAGAUCUUUGGACACUAGCACAGGAUUCACUUGGAGUGAUGGGUCUCCUCUCUUUGCUACAGUGCAAAGAGCUCUGGAAGAAAUGAAUUACCUGGACCUUUUCCAGUCUGGCUUUAGGUUUGGGAGUGGAACCGAGAUCACAUUACUCAUACUUAUGGAUGAUUUUGCAAUAGGGAUUGCAGCCUUGUUGAUAUUACCUGACUUCUCAGUGGCUUUCAAUUACCAUCAACCAUGCUAUCCUUCUGGACCAACUCUGAGGACUGGGAAUGAGGAACACUCUAUUGCCAUGAUUCUUCUUUCUGAAGGGGUGGUUCCAGUUGCUCUGGAGAAAGAUCCAACUCUAGGCCCUGUUAUGCUUGAAUUCCUUGUAAUUAAAAUAUUUGGUUUUGCAGGUUCACGUGUAAAUCCAGAACCAACCAACAACUUUGACUAUAGUUAUAAAACAGUUGAAGACGGCUGGAUUGCAUUUGAAAGCAAUGAGUACUAUUUCAGUAAUACAACACUGCCUGCAGAAAAAGCCCGGAAGUUCUGCAAACAACAUGGUGGUGAUCUUACCACCAUUGAGAGUAAACAUGAAAAAGUGUUCUUGUGGAAAUAUGCUGUUACUUAUGGACUUCAUGAUGAUUCUUAUAUUGGUUUAAUCUUGGGUCUUGACAAAAAGUUUAGAUGGAUGGAUGGAACUCCAGUGACAUAUGAAGCCUGGAGCUCUGGUGAACCCAACUUUGCAAAUGAUGAUGAAAACUGUGUAGUUAUGUAUUAUGAUUCAGGUGUAUGGAAUGAUAUAAACUGUGGUGUUGAGAAUGGCUUCAUCUGCAAAAGACACAACAGUUCUGUUCGUACAACUGCAGCCCCCACAUUACCUGCACCUCAGAAAGGGUGCAGUGAAGGCUGGCUUUGGUUUAAUGACAAGUGCUUCCAAAUAUCCAAAGGAGAGGAGAGGAAAAACUGGAGCGCUGCACGGGAUCACUGCCAAAAAUUACAAGGAAACCUGGCUUCUAUACCAAACAAAGCUGUUCAAGCUUUUCUCACUGUGCAUUUAAAAAGUGCUGCUGCCGAUCCUUGGAUUGGAUUGAAUGAUAAGAAUUGGGAAAGCCGUUUCCUCUGGACUGAUGGAAGUGGGGUCUAUUUUACAAACUGGGCUAAAGGGUCACCUCAUAUACGCAAUGGUGAUUGUGUUUUUAUGACGAGGAAACCUGAAAAGUUUGCAGGAUGUUGGAGAGAUGAACACUGCUCUGCUGAGAAAACCUACAUCUGCCAAAAAAACACUGGUCCAUCACCUUACUUUGAAACAACUGUUCCAGUUUCUGGCUAUCUCACUUAUGGAAAUAGCAGCUAUUCUAUUCUUAGUCCCAAAAUGACAUGGGAAGAAGCAGAGAAGAAAUGUGAGUCUGAAAAUUCAAAACUUGCCAGCAUUAUAGAUCCCUACGUAGACUCAUUCAUAUGGCUACAAGUGCUCAGAUAUAAGGAGCCUGUAUGGAUUGGACUAAGCAGCAAAGUGAGUGAUGCUACGUACAGGUGGGUGAGUAAUUGGAGGGUAGUGUACACUAACUGGGCUGCUGAAGAACCAAAGCAUAAAAUAUCCUGUGUCUACUUAGACACUGAUGGCUAUUGGAAAACAGGAAAUUGCAGUGAAAAGUACUUCUCUGUUUGCGAGAAAUAUUAUGGUAUACUGCCAACUGAGACUCCACAAUUGCCAGGAAGAUGCCCAACUUCCAAAGACAGCCAAUUAUCUUGGAUUCCUUUCAGAGGCCAUUGCUACAGAUUUUACCCUUUAAUGGAAUCUUGGCCUCAAGCAUCCCUGAAGUGUGCUCAGUUAGGUGGCACCUUGACUUCAAUCAAAGAUUCAGCUGAAUUACAUUUCUUAAAGGAACGAAUGGAACUACUUGAAUCUACAGAGUUUUGGCUAGGAUUGUACCGCAAUGUAGAUGGAGAAUGGAUAUGGCAAGAUAAAAGUGAAGUUGCUUUUGUCAACUGGAAUGAAGAACAGUUCUCAGAUGGUCACAGAGAAUAUGGCAGUGAAGAGAGCAAUGAGAACUUUCUUGACCACUGCAUUUUCAUGAACAGUCUUUCUGGAGAAUGGUUCAGGGCGUCCUGUGGAUCUUAUAUCUUAAAAGGAUUUAUUUGUAAAAGAAACAAAAUUAUUGAAGAGUCAACUAUGAAGUCUACAGAAUUACCAGAACAGCAAAAAAAGACACUUGUAUCAGCACAUGGCACAGUUGUGAUGGUAGUUAUCCCAGUUAUCUUCAUACUCAUCGGUGCAGGAAUCGCAGCCUAUAUUUUCUUCAAAAGAAGAAACAGACCACAAGUCUCUGCUGGAUUUGACAAUUCUUUGUAUAGUGACAAUGUGGUUAUUCUUCAUAAUGACUCACAAUCUCUUAUAGACAAAAAAGAAUUAAAUGAACAAAUAUAACUGGCAACUUACCUGAGGAUAAAGCCCAUUGGACACAAUACAUUCAAAAUUCAAGGUACUGAACUGCACUGUUAAUAAAUCAAUACUUUAAAAUAUUUGGAAAAUAUUAGACCCUAUCAAUAAUAUGUAUUGGCCAGACCCAUGAUAUGAAAAGUAUUGAAUAUAUUACAGUUACUGAGUAAAAACAUAUUCUGUACAGUAUAUUUUCAAAUUAAA